CGGUAAACAGCUGACAGUCGCCUUCGACGAAAAGCAGAUCGGAACGAGUGCGUGUGUGAUUAGUUCCGGUCGCGUGUGGUAGUGUUUGGGUUUGAUGUUUGUGCUUGGUUUCGUACUGCAAGUCCGCCCUUGAAAGAAAAUGUUGCGAAGUGCCCCCAUCGUGCUGUGAAACCGCGUCGAAUACUCCACGCGUUGCAAUUCUAAUAUUAUGUGAUUUAAAGCCCAUUUAAGUGUUAGAAUAUAAUGCACUCUUUAUUCGUUACCGGACGACUGCUGUCUAGGGCUAUUCUAAAUGGAAUUCAAAAUUUUUCCACCGCUACCGACCCGAACCUUCAGCGCAAAGCUGAACCUUACCUUGUGUCCGCUGUUUGCGGAUUUUCAAAGGACAAAAAGAUUCAAAGACUGGUUAGGGGGCAAUUCGGAGACGAUGCCUACUUUAUGGCGAAAUAUAAAUCGGCCGAGGUUAUGGGCGUGGCGGACGGGGUGGGAGGUUGGCGAGCUUACGGCAUCGAUCCCGGCGAAUUUUCCCUUCACCUGAUGAAAACCUGCGAGCGCUUAGUUAGGUUAGGCCGUUUCACCCCUACCAACCCAUCGGAACUCUUGGCUAACAGUUACCACGAGCUUUUGCACCACAAAAAAGCCAUUUUAGGUAGCAGCACUGCUUGUGUAGUUCUAUUGAACCGUGAAAACAGCACCCUUUACACGGCAAACAUAGGGGAUAGCGGAUACAUGGUUGUUCGAAGGGGUAAAGUUGUGCGCAGGUCCGAAGAACAGCAGCACUACUUCAACACGCCGUUCCAGCUGUCUUUGCCGCCGCCAAGCUACAGGGCGGGCGUGCUCAGCGACAGGCCAGAUUCCGCGUCCACCGAUAAUUUCCUAGUUGAAGACGGCGAUGUAAUUUUGGUGGCGACAGAUGGCGUGUUCGACAAUCUGCCACAGAAUAUUAUACUGAACGAACUGAUUAAGUGUCAAGGAGAGAGAUGUGCGAGUAGACUUCAGAUGGUUGCAAAUUCCAUCGCGUGGAUGGCGAGGAGCCUUUCGUUUGACGAAACGUUCGUUUCUCCGUUCGCCGAACGCGCAUUCGCGAACGGGAUUAAUACGAUAGGCGGCAAACCGGACGACAUCACCGUCAUCCUCGCAACGGUCGCAAUAUAGGAAACAGAAACAGUAGUAAUUGAAUAAGGUAGCCGGUUGAUGAAGCGGCCCAAAGCUGUUGUUGUUAACGAAUUUUUUGGUAAACCCAUCGUCAUUCUCAUCUUCGUGUUAUUUUAUUUAUGAAAUGAUUUCACCAGUUUCACGUUCCACAUUCGUUCACGUUUUAAUGUUUAAUAAUGGGAUGUCCCGAUCAACGGCGAUUUAGAUUUCGUAAAAAAAGGGAGGUUAACUGAAUUUUGUAAACGUCGCUCCAUUCGCGAUGGGGAAUAACAGGUGCAUAAUAUAAAAAGAAUUAGUUUUUAAUGAUCUGGUAAAUAUUUAAGUACUCGGUCCUUGCUCUAGUGUUGCGCAGUUCCAAACUUUUUUGGUUGAUAAGUUAUUAAUAUUGUGUAAAAUGAAAUUCGCAUCCGAGCAAGUUUCACCCAAAUAUUCCUCUAAUUAAUGGAUAAUAUUGAGAUUCAGAUUCAGAUCUUAGUACAAAAAAAUUAUUUAAAUAGACAUAAUAAAACCGUGUAUAAUCUAAACCAGAUUGUUGAAAUUCAAGUCAACACCGUGAUUAUUCGUAUUUUUCUAAGGCAAAUGUAAUUCAACCAAUGAAAAAGUAUGUUCUAUUGUUAGUGACAACAAACUCACCAAAUGUUCGGAUUUGCUGAUGUUGCUAUUUAGACUAUAAUUGAAAUGGAAAACUCGUCAAAACUAGAAAGGUAUGUAUAUUAAACACACCACAGACAUUCGGAAGCUAAGUUCACUGGUGGGUCAAAGGCUUGUUUAAGAUGAAAUUCUUUAUUAAACAAAGUUUACCAAAUGACCCAGUGAUUUUAAGGUCAUGUAAACAAACCUUCAUUUUCCCUCCAAUAUAAUAGUGACAAAUAAUUUCGAAGAAAUGUUUUUACUUAAUAUAGAAAUCAUUUGAAUUUUGUUUUUAAGAGAUUUCCUAGUAAAUUAAGCGAUAUUUUACGAACACUUUCUGUCCAUUUUGAAAAACUAUACCCUAUAAAAGGUUAUAAUAAAAAUAUCUAUAGUUUCAACAAAUUUACUUAUUUCAUGCCCCUUGUUUGCCACUGUGGGUACUGAUCGGUUAACUUCCCUUUUUAUGUUUAAUCUGUUGGUACUGGAAAAUAAUUUUGGUGGAAUCAUUUGUACCUGAGAAACUAUUGUGAAAACAUUCAGUAUUUUGUAGUUUGGUAUAUGAGUGCCAAUUUCAACCAAUCCCAUGGUGCAUCAGUUUCAUUCUUAAGAAUUUCUUUUCAUUUAUCGAAUUUUUUUAACGUUUACUUUCGCUAUAAAGUAAUCAACUCGGGUACAAAUAGUGAUGCUGAAGCCAAACGUUGCAACCUAAUAUUUAGGUUUAACAUGUUCUCGUUCAUACAGUCACAGAUAUGUGUUGUUUUUGCGUUAAAUAACUUGUAUACUCGUACACUUGUUUCUGUUGUCACUGUAAGCGCUUAAUUUAGUUCAAUAAAUAGUUGUUAUUGA